GACGGGCACUUCUUCCACAUCGACUUCGGCUUCGUCCUCGGGGACGAUCCGAAGCCCCUGUCGCCCACCGUGCGGGUGCCCCGCGAGGUGAUCGAGGCGAUCAAGGCGAGCCAUCGGUACGAGUUUUUCAAAGAGCUCGUUGCGAAGGCGUUCUCGCUGCUCCGCCGCACGUCCAGGCUGUGGACCUCGCUGCUGUCGCUCACCAAGGAGGCUGGCGGGAACGGAGUGACCGCGCUGAUGCACCAAGGGCUGGAGGUGCUCCUGGAGAGGCUGCACCUGGAGCUCGACGAGGCCGCGGCGCAGAGCGAGGUGGUGGCGGAGGUGGAGGCGUCCGUGGCGUCCGACGUGCCCGUGCUCUUCGACAAGCUGCACCAG